ACAAGGCAUGUGGACUUUCCUGCUCCUUAAAGUCCUGGAUAAAUUCUGCAGGCAUCAGUGUAAUUAGAUAUUCAAAUACGAUAUACUUCAAUACAUUCCAAGUAUUUCCAAUUUACCAUUAUGUGAAAUUACUUGAAUAUUAAUUGACCAGUCUGGAUUUGAACCUGCAGGGAGGGUGUUUUAGCAUACUGAAAGACAUGAAGUGUUUUCAGUUCUACAAUAGUGAGAAGAAGGAAGAACCUAAGACCGCGAAGUCAAAUCCAGUUCUGUCCUCCUCUUUUGGUCUUUUUGAUAGUGAAUUUCGGCAUUCUCAUCGUGAGUCCAGCUCGCAGAAUGUAUCAGAUACCAGCACAGAGUCUAGAGGAAGGAGCCAAAUUCCAUGCCUGUCAGAUAGACCUUCCGAUCUCAGGGCAUUUACAUUCUCAGAACUGAAAGCAGCAACGAAGAAUUUCAAUCGUACUACCAAGAUUGGGGAAGGUGGAUUUGGAUGUGUAUAUAAGGCCACAGUAAAGACUGGUGAGGAUUCAGCGAAAAAGAUUGACGUGGCUGUAAAACAACUUGGUAGGAGAGGAUUACAGGGCCACAAAGAGUGGGUGACAGAAGUCAAUGUUCUCGGGGUGGCUGAACAUAAAAACCUCGUCAAAUUAGUUGGCUACUGUGCAGAAGAUGACGAGAGAGGAAUCCAGCGGCUUUUGGUGUAUGAAUACAUGCCUAACAGAAGUGUCGAAAACCAUUUGUCAGCUAGGUCAGAAACCCCUCUCUCCUGGGCAAUGAGGUUAAAGAUAGCCCAAGAUGCUGCUCGUGGCUUAGCAUACCUACAUGAAGAAAUGGAUGUUCAGAUUAUCUUCAGAGAUUUCAAAUCUUCAAACAUUCUCUUGGACGAGCAAUGGAAUGCAAAGUUGUCAGAUUUUGGAUUGGCUAGGUUGGGACCUCCUGAGGGUCUAACCCAUGUCUCAACUGCGGUUGUUGGAACCAUGGGAUAUGCUGCUCCUGAAUAUAUUCAAACUGGUCGUCUCACUUCCAAGAGUGAUGUGUGGAGCUAUGGUGUCUUUCUCUAUGAGCUGAUUACUGGUCGACGUCCAUUAGAUCGAAAUCGGCCUAGGAGUGAGCAGAAGCUCUUAGAGUGGGUAAAGCCAUACAUAUCAGAUUCUAAGAAGUUUCAACAAAUAUUAGACCCAAGGCUUGAUGGUAAGAUCUCAAGGUCAGCCCAGAAGCUCUCUAUAGUCGCCAACCGCUGCUUGGUCAGACAUGCAAAGACACGUCCAAAAAUGAGUGAAGUCCUGGAAAUGGUGAACAAAGUUGUCGAGACAUCAACAGGAAUAGGAAAUCCUGGACCACCUGUGAGAAUUGCGGAACCAACUUCACCAGAAUCUGCAAGGAAAGGUAAGAGGAAGAUAACUGAUAUCAAACUCGGAGAUGGUAGCAGGUUAGUACACAUGUGGUCAACAAAGCUGACAAACACUUGUUAAUAUAAUAGUUUCCAAUAUGCACAAACAAA